UCGUCACUCGACUCCGAUCCUUUGCGGGCUUCGUCUCUCGACCCCACAGCGCUUUAUCUUCCACAGGCAUCCUCCUCGCGGGUGUGUCACGUUCGCAAUUGCGCUCAUGUCACGAGGGUUCGAUGCGGAUGCCUACAACGGCUUCAAUUUUGGCGCAGGAGACCCUUUGCCUCAUCUCGUGCCGGCGGCCGGAGCCUCUAUCAGAGGCUCGCAAUCCUUUCGCAGCUUUUACCGAGAUGCAGAUGCCAGGACCUAUGCCUACCUACGAGACCGGAAUGUUUCUAUUUCUUUUCUGAAAGAAAUCGAUUUGUUUCUAUCGACAAAUUCAAAUCUCGCGAGACACUGUCCUGAUUGGACUGAAGUCAUCAACCAGCCAGAUGUCCUAGCUGCUUACCUUCACUUUUUCAAGGGCUACACGAGGCCGGCCCGAUAUAUCGAAGGAAUUAUACCAAGCUUCCACGAUGUGCGCCUGCCUGUCACGCUCCCAAGAAUGGCAGAUCGCUACGACCCCGAGCUCGAAGCAUGGUUCGACGGAACGCCGUACCGCACUGAUCUUUUGCAAGUCAUGGACGAAGAAGUAGACAGAGUUGCUGCGAAAUUAUGGCGGCGUGAGCAUGUCACCUUUCCAGAGCGGAAGUUCCUGGCGUACUGUGUUUGGGGCAAUCUCGUCGAUGCCUUCAAGUAUUUCGAGUACAAUUAUCAGACAAGUUGGCUUCCCCAUCGAUACCUCCCCGAGCACGUCAUGCUUCUCAAAGUUCCAAAACCGCCAAAAUAUUGUGAGCCAACACCAAGGACCAUUCUGGGAAGAUACGACCCUCACGUGUCGGUUUCAUUCAGAACUGUCCGCUUCAACAUGGCGCGAGCUCACGAUGCUGGGGUCGAUGUGUCAGACGUAUUGAUGGAAAACUUCACAUCGGCGCUCUGCCGGCAGAAGCUCAGACGGCCAGAGAUAAACAGACUCCGAAAUGACGCGUUGCAGUUGCUCGACGACGAACGUCUACAAAGUAGGGAACGAGACAUCGUAGAUCUGAUCAUGGGUUUGACAGUGAAUGCUGGCUCAGCGAACCGUAGCACGAGAAUGCCACCGAGACGGACGCGCAAACACGGUCGAAGGCAUGGCAUCGCCGAGCAGCCAACCCGUGGGCAAGGCCACGACCGAACACUGGACCAACUCGAACAAGCUCUGCGCAGAAUGCCCCAGUGGGAAGCACGUCGUGAUUCUGGCCUGGCAACUGUGGAUCUCGACACCGUCAGGCUUCGACGCAUGCAGAAGCAGAAACGCGAGUGGGUAAGCUUGGCUUUUGCCGUUGUGCAGCAACGUGGCUUGGUCAAGAGAUCGACCGCGCAGGAAUGCCGUGCGCUGUUCACACCAAAAGCCUUUCUCAACAGCAACCAUGACCGGCAGCGUGACGAUAUUUUGCAAGAGCUUAAGUGUUUUCUGCAAAUGUAGAGAAGUGAGUGAAGAAAGCAUGAGCGGGCCUGGUCAUCGACUAUGGCAGGCAGCAUUGAUCGUAAAGAGAUGUAAAUAUUCAUUAAGUGUUGCGCAAGUCGCUCCACAUGGAGGAGAAGCUCAAACAGACCAAC